UAUUUCGCAUCCUUGGAGAGACGCUGCGCAUUUUACGCACCCAGCGCGCCCGAGCCUGCGCCAGAACCGAAGCCGAGCGCGGAGCGGAGUUACCGGCGGGUUUCCCGGUGCAGUGAGCGGCACGGAUCCGGGGGAAAGUGUGGGAAUUAAUCCAGAAAAGAGGCGCACGAAUCGAGGGUUCCUGCCGCCGGCCGUCGGACAUCGCACCAACUCGUGGAGUUUUUCUUCAGUCGGACAUCGGCCCCUUUUGGAUCACGCAGUUAGCGUUAGCAUUCUGCGUGUAGUAGCUCGCAGCUGACUGCUCCUGCUGGGGGUUAACGAUCUCCAUUAGCGUUAGUUUGACUUAACAUUACCUACUUAGCAUCAAACCAUUAGCGUAACUGCUGAGUACACGAGUUGGCUUGUUAACGCUAGCUGGCAUCAUGGAGCGCAGCAGCUGGAGCGGCAGCGAGAGUGGGGGGGAGGACAUGGACCAACUGAGCGACUCAGGAGGGGACAAGACCAUGGACGGGGACCCGGAGGGGGUCUGGAGCCCCGACAUCGAGCAGAGCUUCCAGGAGGCCCUGGCCAUCUACCCCCCCUGCGGGAGGAGGAAGAUUAUACUGUCGGACGAGGGAAAGAUGUACGGCCGAAACGAGCUGAUCGCCCGGUACAUCAAACUGCGAACAGGGAAGACGCGGACGAGGAAACAGGUAUCCAGUCAUAUCCAGGUCCUAGCGAGACGGAAAUCCAGAGACUUUCAGUCCAAGCUAAAGGACCAGGGCGCUAAGGACAAAGCUCUGCAGAGCAUCUCGUCCAUGUCCUCGGCUCAGAUCGUCUCCGCCACCGCCAUCCACAGCAAACUGCUGCCUGGACUGGUACGAGCCAGCUUCCCCGGAAACGCACAGCUGUGGCAGGGGAUGAUUCCUGGGGGACAGUCCAGCUCAGCCUCAGAAGACAUCAAGCCCUUCUCUCAGCAGGCCUACACUGUGCAGACAGCGGGGACCACCACCAUCACAGCCUACGAGCCCCCCCCUACUACCCAAUCGCACAGAGAGCCGGCGUGGCAGGGUCGCUCCAUCGGCACCACCAAACUACGACUGGUGGAGUUCUCAUCUUUCCUGGAGACACAGAGGGACCAAGAGGCUUACAACAAGCACCUGUUUGUCCAGAUCAGCCAGAGCAGCCCGACCUACAGCGACCCGAUGCUGGAGUGUGUGGACAUCAGGCAGAUCUACGACAAGUUCCCCGAGAAGAAGGGCGGCCUGAAGGAGCUGUUCAGCAAGGGCCCGCAGAACGCCUUCUACCUGAUCAAGUUCUGGGCGGACCUGAACUACAGCGUGCAGGACGACCCUGCGGCUUUCUACGGCGUCAGCAGCCAGUACGAGAGCUCGGAGAACAUGACCAUCACCUGCUCCACCAAGGUCUGCUCCUUCGGCAAGCAGGUGGUCGAGAAGGUGGAGACGGAGUACGCCAGGUUUGAGAACGGACGCUUCGUCUACAGGAUCAGUCGCUCGCCCAUGUGUGAAUACAUGAUCAACUUCAUCCACAAGCUCAAACACCUGCCGGAGAAAUACAUGAUGAACAGUGUGUUGGAGAACUUCACUAUUCUGCUGGUGGUGAGCAACAGAGACACUCAGGAGACCUUGCUGUGUAUGGCGUGUGUGUUCGAGGUGUCCAACAAUGAACACGGAGCACAGCACCACAUCUAUCGACUCGUCAAGGAUUAACACACUUGUAGACACAGAGGAGACACACACAGACACACACACACGCACACACACAGACACACACAUACGGCCUUUGUUUGGGCGAUUAACGGCGUCUCUCAGCCUUCGACUCUAAAUGGCUGCACGCUCACUGAGGCUUCUGGGAGAAUCCUGACAAAGGGAGGGUUUCUUAAUAAUCAUUUUGUGCUGCAGAAUAUUCCCCCGACAGGAGCGUCUUCACACGAGAUAUUAACUCGGACGGGAAAUUAGACGCUCGUUAGCCGAGAGGAAAAAAAGCACAGUGACAGUGCAGCCAUGGAAACACAUUCAAAUCGACCUGGGCUCUUUUUUUUUUUUCCUCCCCAAGAACAUCCUGACUCAGAUUUCAUCAGGGGAUGUCACGUCUCCUGCUAAUUGGCUCCCGACCACACUCCCCCCCCCUCUCGCUCUCUCUCUCUCUCUCUCUCUCUCUCUCCGCCCUCCUGUGGAAAAGGGGUGUGUGUGUGUGUGUUAUCAGCCGGAGUAUCGACGCACACUGAAGGUCCGACCCUGUGCAUCAUCGAUACACAACGUGGUCACCGCUCAGAGUCGUGUGAAGCUGCGUUCUUGCACAAAACUUAAAAAAGAGGUUUUUUUCUCCCAAAGAAAAGAAAAAAGAAAAUCUAAUUUCUACCUUUUGUAUGUUUUCUUUAAAAAAAACAAGAAUAACUUCUAACCUUUGGGUAAAGUGUGUAUCGAUAGUAGCAUAGAGACUAUAUUUUAAAUCCAGGAUCACUAUCUAAAAACUUUAUGUCAAUAAGAAGUGUAAUAUAAGUGAAAUUCAGGUAUUUGUGCAACAGGUGACGAGAGAUGAUUCAAAUAAGUAAAUGAAUAAAUGAGUCCCGACCCUGUUGAAGUCAUGAUCCUCAAGAUUCACGUCCCGGCCGAUUUAGUGGAGGCAUCGUGUUUCUGUGACCUUUUCUUUCCUCAAGCAGGAAAACGAGUGUUAGCGUUAGCACUCACUGACUUACAUCUCUACAGUUAUACAUAAAUUAUUACGUUAACAUUGGAUCACAUGUACGAUUUGUUCCCCGUGACGCUAGUCGAGCCACAGACGUGUUUUGAGGAUUAUAACUUUCUGUACUUUGUGUUGAGUCAAUUUGAAAAACACUGUGACUCUAACGUCCUUCCUGGUGUUCGAGGAAACGUUUGUUUAAAAUUAAAAUUAAACCUGUGAUCCUCAAAUUUCACUUAGUUCAGAAUUCUUCUACCAGCUAAACUCGAGCUUUAACAGCUCACGGGCUGGAAAAGAAGACGAUCACCUGAAGAAGGUCUCUGCUUCCUCCUGUUGUCCUGAGAAGAAGCUGAAGCGUCUUCUGUCUGUGACGUCACGCGGAGCCGUCGAGUGGCAGCGAGGGGAUGAGCGCCCUCGACCAAUCACGAGUCAGUCUCAUGAACAUGGAAUCUGUCGGAUAAGAUCUUUGAGAAACAUUUAUCUGACAUGAACUUUGACCUUUGGAAUUUGGUCCAUGCCCCAUCUGCUAACCUGGAGGACGUACGGCCCCAUGCCGUAGCCAGCCACCAGGGGGCGAUGGAAACAAACCAGCAACGCUUUUGUUUCACCUGCUGGGAGUCGUCUUGUCGUCCAUCUUUUUAUCCAGUGUGUGAAUUGGUCCUUGUCCCGUCUGCUAACACCGAGGAGGCAGGAGGGUUUUGACCUGUACUCCAGGCAGCCACCAGGGGGUGAUCAAGUCAUGUCGUCCAUCUUUAUGUACAGUCACACUGACGCAGGUGUUGGAGACUGAAAUGUUGUUACGUCCAUAUUUAAAUCGAAGGUUGUCCUGUUUUCCACGUCCAGUGUUCGAUUCCCACUCUGGAGGACUUUAUUGUUUUUAAGGACACGGUCCCUUUAAUCAGCGGAGGACUGGUUUCCUCCUCGUCCACGACGCCACGUCAGCAUAAAAGAAAUUUAUGAAACACAAACCAAAAACCCUGUAGGUGGCAGCGCAGCAGGUGUCAGUGCCUUCGGUCGGAACACGCUUCUUACUCCUGGUGAGUUGUCGUUGUAGAAGAAGAAUUCAGUGAAUAAUCAGAAUCACGUAGUUCGGGAUCGCACGCUGUCUCUGUCCGAAACCGUCUGUUCACGACAUUUAGCCGGUUUACGUUUUCCUACGUGAUUCAUGCUGAACCAGUUCGUACACGACGGAGCCUCAUUCAUUAACUGCAACAGACUCGUUCUGACGUCUGUAGAUAAAUCAUUCGGACGAAGGGAAACGAAACUUAUUUAAACUCAAAGGAAAAGUUUGACAUUUUGGAAAUGCACCUUUUCACUUUGUCAAAAAAAUAAACUUUCCAACAUCUCAUUUGUAAACUGAAGAUAAAGUAUUGUGUUUGCAUCUUAACGAAUGAGGCCCAGAUGUGUCUGUGUGUGUUGAAGUAGUGAAUGAACAGUGAAGAGACAGAUGUUGUGAUUCUUUGUGUGUCCGAACCGUCCAGGAACAUGUUGUCGAACCUUCACCGUUCGAAAGGAACCAUGUUCAGUCCGAGCGACCGGCUGUCACGAGUAAAGACUCACAUCCGACUCCGAGGACUUUCUACCUUUGUGCCUAGAACUAUUCCGACCUGCCAUCGUCCCAACUCGCUUUAGUUUCACUCUAUUUGUCUGAAGACCCGUGUGAGCGUCUCUCUGUGUUUCAGCAGAACAUCAGAAAAAAAACCUUUGUUCAAUUUCCUCCGGCCUUCAGCUUUCCCAGAGUCUCGUCUCACGCCGCAGCGGCUUCCUGUUUGUCGCGCCCGAGCGCCUACACGUAGCACGUACGUGGGAAUCUAACGCGCGGCCUCGGAGCGGCUGCGUCUGCAAUAACGAGCCUCUGUUUGGAUUUUAUCUACCACCUGCCUACCAAAGACCUCACAGAGGAGAAGUGAUUUAUAACGAGUCAGAGUGACUUACGAGCUUCUGCCAAAAAAAAGAGAAGCCGGACGAGAAGCCGCCGCAGCCCCUGAGCUGUGAAACUGUAAAGAUGUAAACAAGCUAAAUUAAAACAACUAAACUAAAACGAGUGGAAUUAGGUCUAAAUGUCUUUUGAGGCAUUUUAAAUUUCUUCAUUAAAGGAGACAUGAGGCUUUUUCAGUUUUUCCUUCGGGCCUUAAAGAGACAGGAGCUCAAACCAGGUGUUUGAGACAGAGGCUGAAAAGAGGAGCAGCAGCGAUGGACAGCCCUAGGAAAUGAAAACCUUUUACAGUCGUACCUCAAAUGAGGAAUAAGACGCUGAAUGUGUCUCCUUCAAUGAACAUGGACCCGUGUUACUGGUCAGAGUGGAGACACCCUGUGAGAAGGCCUCUGGAAACUGGGAUAAACUCGACUUUAGGACUUUUACUGUUAAACGUCAACUAGAGGAUCUGCUGAAACAAAGUCCCUCAGAAAAGCAGCGUCAGCGUUUCGCCUGCACGUCGCUCAGAAGGUUUCAAACCGCCGAGUUUCUGAAUCAUCGUCGUCCGUGUUUGUCAACGUUUUUUCUCGUACGUGCAAGUUGGAUGUUUAUCUUCUUCUCCGAACCUCGCGUGGCACAGGAAUUCUGUCUGUAAUCAAUUCCAAAAAUGGCCUUGAAUCUCUCCACUCCGGUGCACGUGCAACACGUGUGUGUGUGUGUGUGUGUGUGUGUGUGUGCACUGAGGGUUUUUGAUAAGGUGCUUUGUAUAAAGGUGACAAUAACGUUUAUUACAGAUGUUGUGUAUAUCUUUGAUAUUCUAAUGUCUAAUCCUAUUUUGCGAAGAACAGAGAACAUUUAGGAGAAAUCCAGAAGCUGGUGAUGUGUGUCCGUUGGUUCAGGGUCUGAUCUCUGCUUUGUUUCUUUUCUCCCCUCAUGGCUAAAAGUAUGUUAGAUAUUUUCUAGCUUUGUAGAGACUUUGUACGCAUAUGCUAUUCAGUUUAAAUAAAUGGUCAGUUCCAAACUGUG